CUCGAGGGCUGUGUCGCAUCCCUUCGCGCCUCCUGCACAACCCUCCAAAACAGCCUCGACAUCUUCCACGACAGUAUCGCUGAUUUCCCACGCCUACACACCGUCCUUGCCAACACGCGUCAUUUCGAAUUACUCCCAGAAUCACACGUCUUGGCAGCGCAACGUGAGCUUGUUGCUGAGAUUGGUCCGUUGCGGGAGGAAUUACUCGGUCGAGCACAGAAAUGGGUGACGGGUGAGGAACGACGUGAACAAGGUUUGAAGAGUAAAGUGGCCUUGAAUAAAGUACGACUACAAUCAACAACCUCCAGUACGAGUACAAGUGCGAGUGCGAGUGUGAAAGAGGCAAGUGGGCAUGAAGCAGCGGGUCAGGCAGAGCGUGCUGAACGGAUGCGUCUACUCAGAGCAAAGAAGGCACGGUUGCAA